AUGGUACGUCGUCACGGAAAAUUAUCGAAAGGAUGUCAGACUUGUAGGAAACGGAAGAUCAAGUGUGACGAAGUGAUGCCAGCUUGUAAUCAAUGUUUAAAGGCUGGCUGGAAGUGUCCACAAUAUGGAGAUUCUUUGGAAAGAAUGUUUCAGUACUCAGAUGUGAGAGAUUUCGAAAGAUCUGCACAUAAUGAAGCUCUGAAAGCUAAAGAAAGGGCUUCCUGUAUCAUAUCAGGUCCACUCGCGUUCAAGUCUCAACCACCACCUAUCGUUCUUCCAAAAGAAAUCUCAAACACUAUCAAUGAUCGUGCAAUCGACUUCUUUUUAUCUACUCACAUAUUUCAGGACUCUGGUCCUGUCAAAGGAUAUUAUGAGUAUCUAUUCUUUCAUCGCAACGAUCCCAAUAUAAACCAUACACUCUACACAACCAUCACUGCAGUUUCUUUGGCUGCAUAUGCUUAUGCUUUCAAAUAUCCGUUUCUUCUUAAGAAAGCAACUCAAUACUUUGGUUACGCACUCCAUCUUGUUAAUACAGCAUUGUCAUCCAUCGAAGAGGCCACCAAGGAUUACACUAUCAUAUCCGUGGUUCUGUUCAAUACAUUUGGAGUACUGACCUGUCAAAAUUUAGAUGCCUUGGUGGAUUGUGAUAGGCAUAUAUCUGGUGCUACAUCCAUGAUAAAAUUACGUGGCUUUCGUCAAAUGGAGACUCGACAUGGACUUCAAUUGUUUCUUCAAAUGAAUUCCAUUCUUCUACAAAGUUGUAUCUGGCAUUCAUUUCGGGUUCCUGAUGAUCUGAUUGAGUUACAGAAACACGCUGCGAGUUUCCUAGAUGUAGAUGAUCCAGCCUGGAAGUUGAACGGCCUGGUUGUGGAAUUGACCACGUUUCGUGCUGAUAUAAAGGAUGGUAUACUUCAUGAAAGUUCUUCCAUAAUUAGAGCAGCUAUAGACUUGGACAUAAAGUUUUUGUCUCUUGCGAGUGAGAUGUUCAGAUCACCUCAAUGGUAUUACAAUUCGAUUCCAAUCAUAUCUACAUCAGGUACGAUAUUCGGUACAUAUUAUCAUGUAUACUCAGACCUCUGGGUUACUCAAAUUUGGAAUCAUCUUCGCACCUGUCGAAUAUUCAUUUAUGAAGAAAUUGGUAAACAAUUUAAAAAAGGACAGUUCAUAUUUCCCGUUGCCAGUAUGGAUUAUUGUCUCUGGUUUAGAACUUUACAACAAAUGAUUGAUGACAUUUGUGCAUCCCUACCUCAAUACUAUGGUGAUGAUCCCAAAGUACAUACUCCGUCAGGAUUUAGUGGCUCACCUGAUCAAAACUUCAUCACAAGUCCGCCAUCUACUAGUGUCGUUCCUCAUAUUGCUGGUACUUAUUUUCUUCUUUGGCCUCUACUUAAUUCAGGUCGGAUGACAACUUCAAACAUUCAGCGGGAUUGGAUUAUUGGUAGAUGUCGAGUUCUGGGAGAUAAGACAGGUAUCCAACAAAUGUUCACCUUGGCAGAUGUUUUGGAGAAGAGAGAGAUGUUUCCCGUGUAUGAAAGCUGCUUAGCACAGAAUAUAUGA